AUGGCUGAUCGCCCUCCUGCUUCCAGCACACCCUCUUACAGCGGACACAGCGACUACACUCACAGCGACCCAUAUGCUGAUCCUUUUGCUGACCGUCCUCGCCAGACCCAGUUCUCUGAGCCUGAACGACCAUAUCAUGCCCUUGGUGGCUCUACUCCUCGCCCUUAUGAAAGUGCAGCUUCCCUUCCCGACUUCGGCGUUCGAGGCGGCGCUGAUGGAUAUGAUGACGAAACACUUGAAAAAGAGCCCUUGAAUGCAGGAAACUUCGCAGGGGGCUUCUACCCUCCCAACGUCGAUCCCAGUACUUUUGGCGAUCCCUAUGCCCGCCCACCGUCCGUCAUGUCCGUGUCUACCAACGGCGUCGAUAGCGCAUGGCGCCGCCGCCAGACCAUCAAGCGUGGUGUGACGCGUAAAGUCAAACUCACCAACGGAAACUUCAUCGCUGAGUACCCUGUUCCGACACCUGUUUUCAGCGCGGUAGAAGCCAAAUACGCGUCUACCCAGACAACAGAGUUCUCCCACAUGCGAUACACCGCGGCCACCUGCGAUCCCGAUGAGUUCACUGAAGAGAAUGGUUGGUCUCUCCGGACAAAGAUGUACAACCGAGAAACCGAAAUUCUCAUUGCGGUCACCUCUUACAACGAAGAUAAGACCCUCUAUGCCCGUACCCUUCACGGUGUCAUGUUGAACAUCCGUGACAUCUGCAAGACUAAGCAAUCAAAGUAUUGGCGUCGUCAGGCCGAGGAAGGAAAUCCGGCGUGGCAGAGAAUCACUGUCGCUCUCAUCGUUGAUGGACUCGAGGCAAUGGACAAGAGUGUCCUUGAUAUUCUCGCCACCGUCGGUGUCUACCAAGAUGGUGUCAUGAAAAAACAAGUAGACGAAAAGGACACUGUUGCUCAUAUAUUCGAGUACACAACCCAACUUUCCGUCGAUGCUACGCCUCAACUAGUGCUUCCCCAGGCCGAUGACCCCAACAACUUGGUUCCUGUUCAGAUCAUUUUUGUCCUCAAGGCGAAGAAUCAGAAGAAGAUCAACUCUCAUCGUUGGUUGUUCAAUGCCAUUGGAAAAAUGUUGAAUCCCGAAAAUUGUGUUCUCAUCGAUGCUGGGACUAAACCCGGUCACAAGUCCAUUUACUAUCUAUGGGAGGCCUUUUACAAUGAUCCCCACUUGGGUGGUUGCUGUGGUGAAAUCCAUGCCAUGAUUAAGGGUGGCAAAAAGCUCCUCAAUCCUCUCAUUGCUGCUCAGAACUUCGAGUACAAGAUGUCGAACAUCUUGGACAAGCCCUUGGAAAGUAGUUUCGGUUACGUUUCUGUGCUUCCGGGUGCUUUCUCGGCGUAUCGCUUCCGUGCCAUCCAAGGCCGACCCCUGGAGCAAUACUUUCAUGGUGAUCACUCUCUUGCCGACCGCCUCGGGCCAAAGGGUAUAUACGGCAUGAAUAUUUUCACGAAGAACAUGUUUUUGGCUGAAGAUCGUAUUCUUUGCUUCGAACUGGUCGCAAAGAGAAACGAUAGGUGGGUCCUAACGUACGUCAAGCCGAGUAAGGCCGAGACGGACGUGCCCGAAACAGCGGUUGAGUUGAUUGGCCAACGUCGUCGUUGGUUGAAUGGUUCAUUUGCUGCUUCUGUGUAUGCUCUGGUCCAUUUCUUCGCUUUUUACCGGUCUGGUCAUGGUAUCUUCCGCAUGUUCUUUCUACACAUUCAAGCAUUCUACAAUAUCUUCUCCCUGGUCUUUACCUGGUUCUCUAUGGCGAAUAUGUGGCUUACAUUCAGUAUUAUUAUCGAUCUAUGUCCCGACCAGGGUAUUAUCAUCUUUGGUACGGCGACAGUGACUCAUUGGGUUAAUCUGGCUUUGAAGUGGAUUUACUUGUCCUUCUUGGCGCUGCAAUUCAUCUUAGCCUUGGGUAAUCGGCCAAAAGGUGAACGGAUGGCAUAUACUAUAACUUUAUGGGUGUUUGCCAUAUUGUCAUUAUAUCUUCUCGUUUGUUCCUUCUGGUUAACCGCCAAGGCAUUUUCGAACAUCAGCAGUGACUUGCAGAACAAGACGACGAGCCAAGUUAUCGCUUCAUUCUUUACACCACCUAUCGGUGCGCUAAUAGCGGCAAUGGUAUCGACUUUUGGUAUCUACAUGAUUGCAUCAUUCCUAUAUCGCGAUCCCUGGCACAUGUUCUCCAGCUUCAUCCAGUACCUACUCAUUGCAACCAGUUUCACCAACGUCCUCAACGUGUACGCGUUCUGCAAUUUGCAUGAUGUCUCUUGGGGUACCAAGGGUAGUGACAAGGCGGAGGCCUUGCCAUCUGUGUCGUCAAAAAAGACCGAGGGCGUGGACGCUCCGGCCGUAGAAGAUACAAUCAAGCCGCAGCAAGAUGUUGAUGAUGCGUUCAAGGAGACGGUCACUAGGGCCAUUACAAAGGUGAAAACCGUAGAGGUAGCGGAGAAGCCAACCAUGGAUGAUCAAAACAAGACCUUCCGAACACGUUUGGUUGCAAUGUGGAUGCUCAGUAACGCCGGACUGGCCAUUGCGAUCGAAAACCUGAAUGGACUGCCAAAUGAAUCGGACCCGGAGGCGGAUGAGGCACACCUUAGAACUAAGCAAAACACUUACUUCGCUAUAAUCCUUUAUUCAACAUUCGGUCUUUCGCUGGUGCGAUUCAUAGGCUGCUUGUUCUACUUCUUCAAGCGGAAUAUGUUCAGGUGCUGUCGCAGGAACUAG